GAAGCAACUCUGGUGAACACUCAUGUUUGCUUGACACUGGUCCUCCUCAGCAUCGCUCAGCCUCCUCGAAAACUGGACCCCCCACGAGAGGCGUCAAAAUGGACGACGUGCCGGCCAUCGUCAACAUCUCCAUCUCGCUGAGGAUCCAGCCCAACGAGGGUCCAGUCUUCUUCAAGGUGGACGGGACCCGCUUCGGCCAGACCAGAACCAUCAAGCUUCUGACGGGAUCCAAGUACAAGAUCGAGGUGGUGGUCAAACCCGGAACCGUCGAGGCCACCAACAUGAACAUUGGUGGCAUCGUCUUCCCGCUGGAACAACAGUCCAGAGACGACGACUCUGUGGUGUAUCACGGCAAAUACGACACUGAGGGUGUCCCUCACACCAAAAGUGGAGACCGGCAGCCUGUCCAAGUCAGCAUUGAGUUCAACAAGGCGGGCACGUUCGAGACGGUGUGGCAGGCCAAGUAUUACAACUACUACAAGAGGGAGCACUGCCAGUUCGGGAACAAGUUUGGCAGCAUCGAGUACGAGUGCAAACCCAACGAGACGCGGACCCUCAUGUGGAUCAACAAGGAGGCCUUUAAUUGAAGCCAGCAGAGCCGCAUACAAGUGUGCUAUGGCUUUUUUUUUAAUUUGACACACCGGACUCUCAAUAUUUAUUUAUUGAUGUUAUUUAUUAUUGUGAGGGGAUGUUUGUUGUGUAUUUAAUGGUGUAAGAUGAUGUUGCUUGUCAAUUGUGUGACCAGAGGCAUGCUGGGAAACACAGCAAACACUGAAUGAUAGCGAGGAGGGACAAUCAUCAUGUGUUUGUUUGCCUCUUUUACCCUUUAUUUUUUCUUGAGAUACUAUGUUGUUUCAUUGAUUCUUCAUGACUUUUCAUCAAACUAUGCUGUUUUUCAUCCAAGUCAUUAUUAAAAAUGACCUUCAAGAUC